AUGCGUUUCCAUCGAGAGAAUGGAAAUGAUAAACUGGUCAACUUAGCGGAGCUAAGUGAGGAAGAAGUUUCAACGCCUGAAGAUAGAGAGGAAGUGGAAGUAGCUGAAGAAAUAGAAGCGAUGUCACAUUCGGGAAAAUCCGAAAAACUGGAAAUGGACGAAUUUAAAAGUGCUAAGAGUGAUAUCAGUGAUAGCGACACAGCUGGACCACAUACAUCCGAUAAGCAACAUAAUGAUGAGGAGAAUUUCAAACAAAAUGAAGAGAAUUUCAAAGAGAUUGAUAUACAAAUGGGUAAACGAUUGGCGGAUGAUAUAAUCGAUGCAUAUUGUGAUAAAUUACAAGAAAGUGUUGACAAAGAAGUUGACGGAAUGCUUGCUAUGCAAUAUAUUUUAUUGGAGCCAAAUUCAAUAAAAAAUUUAAUAAAAGGUGAUAAAAAUAUAUGCCAAGUAAUAUACGAUCAUUGUCGUGCACAUUAUUUGGUGCUAUUUCGAAAUAAACUCAAUCCAAAACGUAUCAUUGUUUAUGAUCCUAUUGUACCGCAAGAAGACUCCGUUAUUGAAACACUCAAUGAUAGUGUUCGUGAACAAAUUCUGGCCAUAUUUGGACAUCUGUAUCAGGACGAUGAAAUAGUUGAAAUUGCAGUCGAGACUGGUUUAAGCACACAAAAUGAUUGUUGGUCUUGUGGCCUACGAUCAGUUGCAUUCACUACACAUCUCUUACUUGGCAUCAAUCCUGUUAAUUAUGAAUAUGAUUUGGAAAAAGUAGGAAAAUUCACAAUGGAAAUUAUUAAAAUGGAUAGACCUGAUCGUAAAGUAAUUGCUAGCGGAGAAAUUGGACAAGAAAGAAAAGAAAAUAAAUCAUGUUUAACAAUUGUACGUGUAACAAAAGGUGACAAAUUUGCAAUAGAAAAUGGGACGGCAUGUGUUAUCAAUAAUCAAUCUUCAGUGGAAUCGUUAUUAGAUAAUGAAAACGAAGUAAAUAUAAGCGAAGAAAAAUUAUCGGAAUUAGCAUGCGGAAAUGAUGAUAGGAACAAUGAUAAUAAUAAUAAUGACCGAAAAGAUGGUCGUAUUUGA